ACGCUCAUCAUUACAGUUUCUGGUUCAAUCUGGUUCAAGCCACGUCGCACCCAAACACACCAAACUCAAUCGCUUUUUUCUCUUUGUUGUGUGUCUUGAAUAAAAACCGAAAUAGCAUUUUUUUACGCGGCGUUCAGUCGAUGAAUGAGUCCGAAAGUGUAUUAAUAUUGUAUCCACCUCAGAAAUUUAUUAAUUUUGUAAUUUAAAUUAGUUUGGAUUUCAGUGCUGACGAUGGUCGCGUACUGUGUUUUUGGAAUGCAUAGUGUGCCUUUGGUUUUGUAAAUAAAAAUCAUUGUUCGUUCAUCGGAGAAAAAGAAAGACAUCCCGUACGUGUGUAUGUUGGUUUUGUUGUAACGGACAUUAUAGUGCUUAGAAGACAAUAUGUACGCGAUAACGCGCCUUCUAUCGCUAAGUGUUAGUAUAACUAUGUUAAAUGUUGCAUUCGGUAAUUCAUAUGUGGAUGGAGUGAAUGAAGAACAACUCACUGACAAUGAGACUGUUGUAUCAACGCAAAAUACUCUUCGAAUUUCUGGAUUGAUAGUGGAAAAAAGUGAAAGUAAUUGGUCAUCAAACGAUGAAACUGUUCCCGAACUGUUGGAGAAAAGUAAGGUUACUUUGAGAUUGUUCGGUGAUGGAUUGACUAAGGACACGACUAUUACGUUCGCCCAAUCAACUUGUCAUGGUUCCAUCAAUCAAGUCGAAUAUGCUGUAGUGGAUUAUUUGGUUUCCGAAUACAGUGCUGUGGUGGAAAUUAUUGUACCUGAUGCAAGCGAAGUGUAUUACCAUAUUUGUGCGAAAAAUGCAAACCGCUCUUGGGUGGAGCAGGGAAACAAAAAUUGGGUGGUUAUAAAAAGUGUACCGACUGCGAUGCCAAUGUGGCUGACUGUUACGAUUAUUGCAGUGUGUCUUGCGUUUUCGGCGCUGUUCUCAGGUCUAAAUCUAGGUUUGAUGGCACUAGACAAAACUGAGAUUAAAAUUUUAAUUAAUACGGGCGACACGAACGAGCGAAAAUACGCAAAGAUCAUUCAACCGGUUCGAAACCACGGCAACUUUCUGCUGUGCAGUAUUCUUCUGGGCAAUGUACUUAUGAAUUCAACGAAUGCUGCAGUAAUGGGUGGUCUUAUGAGUGGUCCGUUUGCAGUUGCAAUUUCAACCAUAUUAAUUGUAAUAUUUGGUGAGGUGUCACCACAAGCCAUAUGCAGCAGAUUCGGACUUUUAGUUGGAGCCAACACAAUCUGGAUAACUUAUGUUCUCAUGGUGAUAACGUUUCCGGUAGCUUAUCCAAUUUCAAUGUUAUUGGAUUGGAUUUUAGGUGAAGAGAUCGGAAAAUCAUACGGUCGAGAGAGAUUAAAGGAAUUGGUACGGCUCACAACCGAUGACAUCGAUUUGGAUAAAGAUGAAGUUAAAAUAAUAUCAGGAGCUUUGGAUAUGAAGAAAAAAACCGUUGCUGAAGCAAUGACGCCAAUUGAUGACGUGUUCAUGCUCUCAUACGAUGCUGUUUUGGAUUUUGACACAAUUUCAGAAAUCAUGAAAUCGGGCUACUCUAGGAUCCCAGUAUAUGACGGACAGCGACAUAAUGUUCAGAAACUUUUGUUGAUCAAGGACUUGGCACUGAUUGAUCCUGAUGACAACACACCACUUCGCACUUUAUGUGAAUUUUACCAAAACUAUUGCUACUUCGUCUUUGAGGAUGCGACACUGGCGGCUGUCUUCAGACAAUUCAAAACAGGUCAACACGGUCACAUGGCAUUCGUACGUCGAAUCAGGAACGAAGAGGAUCCCAGUACGGCUACGGUAGAGACAAUUGGUCUCAUAACAUUGGAAGAUGUGAUCGAAGAACUGAUCCAAGCGGAGAUAAUGGACGAAACGGACAUUACUAGCAAUCUACAACUAAAAAGUAAGAACAAAGCUUUAGAACGAAUCGAGCCAUUUGCUUCAUUUGGAGAGCGACAAAGAAUCCAUCUUACGCCACAACUAGCCUCAGCUAGUUUCCAGUAUCUCAGCACUUGUGUCGAAGCAUUCAAACCAGAGUUCAUAUCGUCAACAAUUUUGCAUCGCUUACUCAAGCAAUACGUUAUCUUUCAAAUCAAAUGCAAAGGAAAAGAUAAGCACGAUGCAUCGCUCGUUAUUUUUGAGCAAGGAAAACCGGUCGAUUAUUUCGUACUUAUUCUGGAGGGCCAUGUGGAAGUAACUGUUGGUAUUGAGAAUCUAACAUUUGAAUGUGGACCUUUCACGUUCUUCGGCAGCGAUGCUCUAGCUCAAAACAUUAACUCUGUGGAAUCAAGGAAGAGUAUUCGUGGUUCGGUACAGUCGUUAAACUUGAAUGCAAAGCUAAAGCACAGUUUUGAACCGGAUUAUUCUGUCAAAGCUAUUAAGGACGUUAUUUAUAUAGCAAUUAAACGAAGCCUCUACUUGGUUGCUGUCCGAGCAACCUUAAUGGAACGAUUGCAAAAAGUCGAUGAUCAUGGCAGCAACGAAGAACAGAUUGACGAUGAUGUUAAAAUAUUUCUUAAUUCCUUGCACGACGAUUACAAAGCUAUUAGAGCCGCUGACGUGGCGAACACAUUCAAAACUAAUGCUAAUGCUAAGUCUUCCCCUCCAAACGAAGUACCAAUACCCGUAGAAAACAUGGGUGUUCGUUACGAACCAGAAAAUGAAACAGUCCAAAUGAUGUUACCUCCACAUAUCUAACAGAAUAAUGUUCGUCCUGGUCGAUUUGCAUUUUCACAUUAAUUGAUUGUCAAUUGUAGGCGAUCACUGUGGCUUUUAGUCCCGUUCUCUUUAAAUGUACAUAUGGAGUACGGUGGAGUACUCAUUUUAGCUCGCAGCUUCAUAUAUUUUUAAUGAUAAUUUUAUUGUUGACCGUAUACCGCUUUUACUCAAAGCAGUGUUUCGCUAGGAAGAUAAAUCGCAUGUUAUUUCAUGUUGCCAAAACUUUGUUUUGCUUUAUUGAGUAAAAUAGCAUACGUAUCUAUGGGAUUAUGAUGGAAAAUUGGUUUACUCUGGUAACAAACACAAUCAUCCUCGUAUCCAUUUUCCAUCACUUUUCCCAUAUAUACGUAAUUUCCUAAUAUUGUUCGUUGGCCUAUUUUGUCGAGGAUACAAGAAUUAUUCAUAAAUAAAUGACUGAAGGAACAUCACUUAGCGGAAUAUAUUUAUUUUAAACAUAA